AUGAACGAACGUAAAAUCCUGUUUUUUAUUCUUGCCGUGAUCGUUUACUGUAUGUACAGUGUACACAUGUGGUUUAUAAAACAAAAUAUAGAAGAGAAUGUCGAUGUGUCCGAAAAUAAGACAGAACCCAAAAUUGUAUCAGAAUUUGGUACAAAAAAUCAAAUACAGCCGAAAGAAUUAAAUUUAAAAAAAAAAAUCAUUCCAUUGUUCGUAAAAGAUGGGUGUAGCGUUUUAGAAGUAUUUACUGAAAAGCCACCGGCAAAAUACAAACAUAGUCAAAAGCAGGAACAAUUAAGUAGCGACAACAACACUAUAACCGUCAUAGGCAUCACUGUAUUUCUCGUCAUACUAUUGAUAAAUGCAAUAUUAGAAGCUAUUCAAGCAAAAGAAGAUGAAAGAGCUAAAAGGAAGCUAAAUCCAGACGGAGAACGUAGACAGUCUUUAGCAGAAUUUGCUAAUAAAAAGCCUUUACGUAGAGAAUCUAGUAGAUUUGGAUUCCAGCUGUUCCAGAUUGCUGAGUCAUUUGUAAAUACAUCGGAAGAAAAAAAUAAAACAACACGCCGUCAGGCUAGACCAUACAUUAGAGGGGAGUCUAUUAACUCGUACCUCAGUGAGCAACAUAGAAAAUCUCAAGAAGGAUCGGCGCCUGCAUCAAUCAACGAAAUCCCUGCCGGGGAACCAAGACUUGUCAAAAGACAAUCAGUGGCCAAACUUUUUGGCGCGCGUCCAGUGCCAAUGGUUCGUCGUUCGUCAUUUCCAGCGCUGCCCUUGAAUCCAAAAGUCCAGGCUAUGAUGCUAGGUCACCGGCAUCAGUCUGUGGAUAGCGAUGAUGAAAGCGAUGGCAAGGGACGUCGUGUACGACUUAUUCGUAGAUUUUAA